AUGGCGGAAGACAAAGCUACAGCUAAGGAGUUGGAUCAGUGGAUCGAAAAGCUACUGGAAUGCAACCAGUUAGGGGAGAAUCAAAUAAAAACUUUAUGUGAGAAGGCAAAAGAAAUUCUAGGUAAGGAGUCUAAUGUUCAGCCUGUUCGUUGUCCUGUUACUGUCUGCGGUGAUGUGCAUGGGCAAUUUCAUGAUUUAAUGGAGCUUUUCCGGAUUGGAGGACGAUCUCCAGAUACAAAUUAUCUUUUUAUGGGUGACUACGUUGAUCGCGGAUACUAUUCUGUCGAAACGGUUACGCUUCUGGUAGCUCUGAAGGUUCGCUUUCCUGAGCGGAUUACUAUCUUACGCGGGAAUCAUGAAAGUCGUCAAAUUACUCAAGUUUAUGGAUUUUACGACGAAUGUCUUAGAAAAUAUGGAAAUGCAAAUGUCUGGAAAUAUUUCACAGAUUUAUUUGACUAUUUACCUUUGACUGCGUUGGUCGAUGGACAGAUAUUUUGUUUACACGGUGGUCUCUCCCCAUCAAUCGAUACUCUUGAUCAUAUUCGGCUGCUUGACAGAUUUCAGGAAGUUCCGCACGAGGGUCCAAUGUGUGACUUACUUUGGUCCGAUCCAGACGAUCGUGGAGGCUGGGGUAUUUCACCUCGCGGGGCUGGAUAUACGUUUGGCCAAGAUAUUUCUGAAACUUUUAACCAUACAAAUGGUCUGACUCUGGUUUCAAGGGCGCAUCAGCUUGUUAUGGAGGGAUAUAAUUGGUGCCACGAUCGAAACGUUGUGACAAUAUUCAGUGCUCCAAAUUACUGCUAUCGUUGCGGAAAUCAGGCAGCUAUAAUGGAACUAGAUGAUUCCCUGAAAUAUUCAUUUUUACAAUUUGAUCCUGCACCUAGACGUGGAGAACCUCAUGUAACUCGGCGUACCCCAGAUUAUUUCUUGUAAAAUUUGUUAUCUAUAAACAACCUGUAUAGGAACGUAACUCAAAUUUAAGUAAUCCAAGCUUUAGAGCUUGUGGUGUACAACAUGCAGUAAUACGUAUAAUUAAUGCUGUAUUGUUAACG